AUGAGAAGAGAAAUGACUAGAAGAAUAGAGAAGAGACAAGAAGAGAAGAGAAGAGAUGAGAAGAGAAGAGAAGAGAAGAGAAGAGAAGAGAAGAGAAGAGAAGAGAAGAGAAGAGACGAGAAGAGAAGAGAAGAGACUAGAAGAGAUGAGAUGAGAAGAGAAGAGAAGAGAACAGACAAGACUAGAAGAGAAGGGAAGAGACGAGAAAGAAGAGCGAGACGAGACGAGAAGAGAAGAGACGAGAAGAAUAGAGAAGAGCGAGAAGAGAAGAGACGAGACGAGACGAGAAGAGAAGAGACGAGAAGAACAGAGAAGAGCGAGAAGAGAAGAGAAGAGACG